GUAUACCUGCAGUUGCCGGCACCUGUACCCACAGCCAAUCAGCACCAGCCCUGCUGGGAACUUACCUGUCAGCAAAAUCCUGACACCUAAACCUCAACAUAAAUCAAACACUUCCCUGGGCAGGGAAUGUCUGUGUCAGGCAAGAACUAGAGACGAGUGGUCAGCAGAGCCUCAGUGCAGAUCGUCAGAGCCUGGGAGCAGGAAGAUGUCGAAUGAACUUGAUUUCAGGUCUGUGCGGCUGCUGAAGAACGAUCCAGUCAACUUCCAGAAAUUCCCCUACGCUAAUGAGGAUGAGGCCUGGAAGACGUACCUGGAAAACCCCUUAACAGCUGCCACGAAGGCCAUGAUGAGAGUUAACGGGGACGACGACAGCGUGGCGGCCCUGAGCUUCCUCUACGAUUACUACAUGGGCCCCAAGGAAAAGCGGAUACUGUCGUCCAGCACCGGGGGCCGGAAUGACCAAGGAAAGAGGUUUUACCAGGGCAUGGAGUACGAGACGGAUCUUGUGCCCCUUGAAAGCCCCACGCACCUCAUGAAAUUCCUGACUGAGAGCGUGUCUGCAACCCCAGAGUACCCCGAUGUGCUCAAGAAGAACAACCUGAUGAGCCUGGAGGGCACCGUGCCUGCCCCUGGCAAGGCUUCUUCGCUCCCGCCGGGCCCCAGCAAGUUAGAAGCCAGCUCUGUGGACAGCUACCUUUUGCCCACCAGUGACAUGUACGAUAACGGCUCCCUCAACUCCCUGUUUGAGAACAUCCAUGGGGUGCAACCCACACAGCGCUGGCAGCCGGAUAGCACCUUCAAAGAUGACCCCCAGGAGUCUCUGCUCUUCCCAGAUAUCCUGAAAGCAUCCCCAGAACCCCCGUGUCCAGAGGACUAUCCUAGCAUCAAGAGCGACUUUGAAUACACACUGGGCUCUCCCAAAGCCAUCCACAUCAAGUCAGGCGAGUCGCCCAUGGCCUACCUCAACAAGGGCCAGUUCUACCCCGUCACCCUGCGGACCCCAGCGGGGGCCAAAGGCCUCACCCUGUCCUCCAACAAAGUCAAGAGCGUGGUGAUGGUCGUCUUCGACAACGAGAAGGGCCCGGUGGAGCAGCUGCGGUUCUGGAAGCACUGGCACUCCCGGCAGCCCACUGCCAAGCAGCGGGUCAUCGAUGUGGCUGACUGCAAAGAGAACUUCAACACGGUGCAGCACAUCGAGGAGGUGGCCUACAACGCGCUGUCCUUCGUGUGGAACGUCAGUGAGGAGGCCAAGGUGUUCAUUGGUGUCAACUGCCUGAGCACAGACUUCUCCUCGCAGAAGGGGGUGAAGGGCGUCCCCCUGAACCUGCAGAUCGACACCUAUGACUGUGGCUCAGGCACUGAGCUCCUGGUGCACCGUGCCGUCUGUCAGAUCAAGAUCUUCUGUGACAAGGGAGCUGAGAGGAAGAUGCGAGAUGACGAGCGGAAGCAGUUCCGGCGGAAGGUCAAGUGCCCGGACUCCGGCAACAGCGGCCUCAAGGGCUGCCUGCUGUCGGGCUUCCGGGGCAACGAGACCACCUACCUGCGGCCGGAGGCUGACCUGGAGACCCCGCCUGUGCUUUUCAUCCCCAAUGUGCACUUCUCCAGCCUGCAGCGCCCUGGAGGGGUGGUGGGCUCGGCAGGACACAGCAGCUCCAACAGGCUUCCCCUGAAACGCACCCGCUCGCCCUUCGCUGAGGAGUUUGAGCCACUGCCUUCCAAGCAGGCCAAGGAAGACGACCUGCAGAGAGUUCUGUUGUACGUGCGGAGGGAGAGCGAGGAGGUGUUUGAUGCCCUCAUGCUGAAGACCCCGGACCUGAAGGGGCUGAGGAAUGCGAUCUCUGAGAAGUAUGGGCUCCCUGAAGAGAACAUCUGCAAAGUCUACAAGAAGUGUAAGCGGGGAAUCUUGGUCAACAUGGACAACAACAUCAUCCAGCAUUACAGCAACCACGUCGCCUUCCUGCUGGACAUGGGGGAGCUGGACGGCAAGAUUCAGAUCAUCCUGAAGGAGCUGUGAGGCCUGCACUCCAAACUCAGACCCUGCGGGUAGGCUCAGGCCGGGAGCCAGCGGGAAGUGGCCCCAAGCCGCACACAACCUGUCCAUGAGCCUCCGUGCUGUUACUUGAAUGCCUUCCUCCAGGGGAGUCACAGAUGUCAGGGCCAGGAAGGGGCCGUGGCGGCCUCCUGGUCUGAGCCCCAUCCAUGCUUGAAUCUAAUCCCGGAGCUUCCGGCCAGCACCGGCCUAUGGAACACAGCACCUUUUGGGUGGGCCGGUGCCCACUGCCAGGUGAGCUCCUCCUCACACCGCCUGCAGGCUGCCCUCACGGAGGGGAAGCCACCUUCGGUCCCGCACGGCCACCUUUCUGGAUCCCUCCACACCCUUCAGACCAAGGAUUUCUCACUCCUUGGUCAGUGAACUUUUGAUUCUCAGUGCAAAGGACUUUUGAAAAAGACACUGUCGUGGAAACAAUAUCUUGUUCAUUGACUUCUUCAAUGAGAUGUAAAUACUGGAGCUGACCGGAACAAAGUGACCUCUCUGUAAACUACCACCUUGCCACCCACUGUUGUACACAUUUCUUAUUUACAAUUUCCCAUUUAUAAUUCUUAUUUACAGUUUUAUGUUAUAUAUAUAUAAGUAUAUAUUGUAUAUAUAUGCAACAUUUUAUAUUU